AUGGACAACAUCGCUCCCAUCCAUAGCGUCGAAACCUCGGGUAGGAAUGAGCCAAGUGGAGUCUCUACGGGCUUUUCAACUGGCACAACUCGGUUUCCUUCUCGGAAUGAAUCUGUACUUCGAGACCGUCAAACAGCCGACAUCCAAAACGAGAUCUUCGGUAGCGAUUUCACCCAUCGCAGCUCAGGGCCCAUCCACCUCGAGCCACCCCCGGUGGUUGUUCGACCUCCCAAGAUCAAAAGCGACGGCUUCAGCCACGCCGCAUUCUCCUGGCUCUCCUGGAGUAAUAGCGAACAGAAGGACAUCUCCCACUGUGUAAGAUCGACGCGCAAAUCUUACACGUCGACAAAGACCUUUCAGCUCUUUGGUGUCACUGUGACGAGAGCCAUCACUUUCAAGACCACCGAGAGUGGGGUCGAUGCGGCAAGGGUGAACGUUGGCUUGGGAUGGCACGGGAAGGAGACACAUUGGGUCCGUGACCAUCUGCCUAAGGUGCAAGAGAAACUGCAGCAGUACGCACGAAACGAACCGACCGAGGCGACCGAGUGGACUCCAAGUCAAGAGAACAGCACCACCGCCACCGACGUUGAACAGCAAAAGCUCCCCGGCGGCGAAUCCGGAAGAUCGAAGGGCAUCCACAGGUUUGCACACCCAUGGCUACACGACUACUACUAUGUGGUGGUCGGUUUCAUGAGCGAAGAAAGUAUUCCGAGGGAGAAGAUCCGCCGCGUCGUCGAAAUUCAGGGGUUAUUCCAACAGAUCCGCAAGGCGCAGAGACAGCUGAGGAAUCCCUUUCGGAGAAUGCUGUCGCUGAAGGAAGUUUCGGGGUUUGGCAUCUACGAGUGCGACCCGAUCAAGGGUUACCACAGAGAGGUGGAACUGGACAAGGAAACUGAAAGGGCACUGGCAGAGUUGUGGCGAAGUUACAACGGGAACAAUCUCGACUACGAGGGCCGUUGGCUGAUGUGGAUCCACCAACAUUUCAACAACGGAUCGAAGAACCCAGAGAUGGGCAGGUUGGCCCUGGAGUUGAAACUGCAAUGGUCCGUCUUCAAGGUCGUCAUCUGGGGCAUCAUCCCGGUCCUGCUGAGUCUGGCCAUCGGGUUCUGGUACAUGUACUCGGAUCAUGGCGACGUCGAUGACGUGGCCGUUGCGGAGGCGGCUUGGGUCAUUGCCAGUUACAUUGUCACCACAUCAGCGUUACUUCUUGCCCUUCUUGCUGUUAUCACCCAGCUGGGCAACAUCUAAGGCUGGUCUUCUGGUGCUACCUUGGCACCCUGGUGAUGAUGAUUUUGCAUUUUUCGUUUUCAGAGCGACAUCAGUCUUAGAAUUGAAAGCCUUGGGAAAGUCUUUGAGCGGUGAUGUAAGGUGUUUUACUUCUACAGCUAUGGCAUGCAGGUACAUGGAUAUGAACAGGAAUGUUGUAGAAUUUGGCGAAGGACGACAAAGCG